ACUGGUAAUUAAUAAAGUAAAAAUAUUACCCAAAAAACUCAACUGAUAGAAUGUUUUUAGUAUUUGCAGUUUUCAUUGAAUCGUCUUAUUAUGCCAACGUGGCCAAGAAAAACUUCAAAAGCCAGUGAGAAAACAGUGCAACGUUUACACAAAAGGCAAAAGUCUAUACCCCUAUUUGUAUUCUUUGUGUUCAUUCAGGGCGAAUGGAGUCACCCGUUCAUACUAUUCUAGUACUUACGUGGUAUAUUGAGCAUGUUGAGUAAUACGCUACGAGCCCACGUUUACUACAUAGUGCUGUUUAUCAGUCAGCAAACAUCAGAUCAUAAUUAUCGUGCGUUUCUACUCAAAUUGUCGUUCUAAUCAUCAAUAUAUACGGGUACCAAAAUAAUACACUGUUUAAACAUACCAUCGCAACCAUUCAUCGUGUGGUUUAUCUAUACACGCGGCGCCUCCGAAGUUUGCAUUCUUAAGCCUAAGCAUGUUAAGGGUAGCUGGUGUUCUUUAGCAGACAACAUAUAGUAAUGACCUUCAUUAUUGGUACUACUAUCUAUGUUUGGAAGCUGUAUAGUCGGGGAACCGUAUAGUCUGCCACUUCAACAUGAAAAAUAACAAAACGGAUAUUGUGCAUGGAAUAUCACGGAGUCGCUCAAUGGGAAUAUCAUACUCUAAAGGAUCUAUGUACAUUUGGUAUUCUGAUAAUUGAUACUCGUCUGUAUGAAAUAAUACAUCUGCUGAUUCCUGUAUACAUGUGUUAUUUUUCUUGGUAUCGUGAUAACUGGAAGCGGUAACAAUGGUUGGUAGGUGCUGUAAUAGACGCUCUCGGUGGUGUAAGAAAUUAUUUGUAUUAUGUAUUGUACUAAUGCUCUUGAUACCAGUUCUAUUAUUAUUCACAACUCAAGACUCUACCUUUUGGAAUCCUUAUGAUGAAUGGAGGGGGUUGAGAAGGAGCAAUGAUCUACCCGACGGUCUGCAAGACAUGCAGUUGGAUACACUUAUUGUAGAGCCUCCCGUCCUGAGGAGCACAAUGGGUAACUUUGAGCCCCCUCCCGAGGACGAGCGUCGUCAGGGCGCGGGGGAAUAUGGUCGCCCCGUCAUGCUGAACCCCAGUGAUCAGGAGAAAUAUGAUCAGAGCUUUAAAGAAUAUGGCUUCAACAUGGUCAUCAGUGACCGAAUCGCACUCGACAGGACUGUGAAUGAUAUUAGACAAGACGAAUGCAGAUACUGGCACUAUCCGACCAAUCUACCAAAUACAUCAGUAGUGGUGGUGUUUCAUAACGAAGGAUGGUCAACUCUCCUACGAACGGUACACAGUAUCAUCAACACAUCGCCUCCAAAUUUACUCCAAGAAGUGAUAUUAGUCGAUGAUUUCAGCGAUAAAUCUCACCUACAAGCCAGACUCCAGCAAUACAUAGAUGAACCUCAAUUCCAAGGUAAAGUUAAACUCUACCGUAACAGCAAACGAGAAGGUUUGAUUCGAUCCCGUAUCUUUGGCGCGGAGCAGUCUCGCGGUCAAGUGGUCACGUUCCUCGACGCCCAUUGCGAAUGCUCUCCGAAUUGGCUCGUUCCAUUGCUAACAGAAAUAGCCCUCAAUAGAACGACUGUGGUCUGUCCCACCGUCGAUUCGAUAUCGGCCGAUACCUUUGAAUAUCGAUCACAAGGAGAUGGUAUGUGUCGUGGUGCAAUGGAUUGGGAUUUCUGGUAUAAACGGAUCCCAGUUGAUCUGAGUAGAAAGAGAUUAGGUCUCAAGUAUCAAAGCGAACCAUACGACUCGCCCAUAAUGGCUGGUGGUUUGUUCGCCAUCGACAGAGAAUACUUCUUUGAGAUCGGUGCUUAUGAUCCAGGACUUCAAAUUUGGGGCGGGGAAAACUUCGAAAUAUCAUUUAAGAUUUGGAUGUGUGGAGGGAGCUUAAAGUUUGUUCCGUGUUCUAGAGUUGGUCACGUGUAUAGGAAGGGUGUUCCCUACACCUACCCAGACUCAGGCGUACCUGGUGUCAGCGUUAUUCACAUGAACUACAUGCGAGUAGCCGAAGUUUGGAUGGACGACUUCAAAGAAUAUUUCUACACCGCCAGACCAGAUUUACGCGGGAAACCCUACGGUGACAUCGGGGAACAGAUUCGAUUCAGACGGCACAACUGUCCGAAGAGUUUUAAAUGGUUCAUGGAGGAGAUUGCCUUUGAUUCAUUAGAGAAGUUUCCUCCACCGCCUCCUAACAAGGGAUGGGGAGAGAUCAAGUCGGUACACACAGGAUUGUGUGUAGACAGUAUGGGCCAUCAAGAUACAGCAGGGGGAGAGGCUGGUGUUUAUUAUUGUCAUGGUAUGGGAGGUAAUCAGAGGUUUCGUUUUACCGGUCCAGGCCAAAUCAUCCUGUAUGAUUAUUGUUUCUACGUGGAUGGGACCAGAGUCAGGAUAGACAAGUGCAAUAGAGUUCGGUAUUCAUCGUUCUGGGAUUAUGAUGAGGUUAACCAACGAUUCCAGUUGAAGAACACAAAUAAAUGCCUUGAUCACAAUAGCAAUGAACAUACCAUUUUUGUCAAUGAAUGUGAUAAUGAAAAGGGAACGCAGCAAUUUCAAAUUAACCCUCCUGAGGAAUUGCAAGUACAACCAAAAGCUGUUCGGUAGCAUAUCCCUAAAUAUAGCAUAUACUGUAGAUGAUUUCAUACAAGUUUGUUAUUAGCUUUAAAAGCCAAUUUAAGGGUGUUUUAAUUAGUUGGCUGAUUGUAAACAAUGAAUCAUAUUCAUGAAUACCGACUAUAUACAACCUGAUUAAGGCUGAAAUCUCCAAGUUUAUAACAGUGAAUGAGAGUCAACAUGAAUAACAAUUAUAGGUUUUAAUUAGCUGGUAGAGAAAUUAAUGUUAAUAAUGUCUCUCUUUUUUUAGUUUCUCAAUAAAGUGGUGAUAUAAUAACAUAUUUCUAAAAGAGUAUUAAAAGGCCCACAUAUAUCAGGACACGAUACAUGGUAUAUACAAAAACUUGGUUUAUUUUCAAAAUAUAGUGAGAUCGGAUGAGAGUAUGUUUUGGCAGUGGGUACUAAUCCCACGAUCCAUUUUUUCCACAGUCAUAAUCACUUAAGUCUGCAUCGUUUCGCUUCGAUAUAAAGCUCGGGAAAACUUUGUAUAUGUUACCCGUCUUACCCACAACUACAAAUUAAUUCCCGUACAUUUAUUAUAGUUAUUCCAAUAUAGAAGCAAACUAAACAUGUCGCAAGUCGGUAUAUUAUUUUUUUUUAAAGAAUUUGGAUCGUACGACCCGAGUUUUCGUUUAUCAAUUUAAAAACUUUCCAAGCAACUCAUUAUUUUCAAAAAUAUUUUUUUGCCAAAACUACCAUAUUAGAUUUUUAAAAGUCAACGUAAAUUCAUGAUACCAUUUCCUUAUAUCUGCCUUGGUUAAGAAUUAUGAUGUAUUUUCACUGACAUCUGACUCGGGUUGUGAGUUUGUGGUUUGGUGUACAAGUCUUUACAUUCCUUUGUAUUUAUUUUUUUGUGUGUUAUUUUCGCUUUACAUCUAAUUUUAGUUUGAUGAAGUCUGCCCCUAACUAUAGCAUAUUGGAAUCAACAGUAUUAAGAAAUAUUAUAAUGUAGUUAAUGUUGUGGCAAAUCAUUGUGUAUCAUAAUUAUGUUUGGUAAUAACACAACUGGGAUGCUAAUUAACGAGAUACACACAGUGUCUCAUGCUAUUGUACGAACUUCAAUUUUAACUCAUCAUAUUUAUGGACACUAUAAUUUAUACAUUUAUCAAUUUACGUGCAAUUGACAACGGAUAUCAAUAAGAAAUUGUCAGUUCUGGAAACAAUGGAAUGUCUUUAUGGAUAAACUGUAGAUUACACCCCUGCUGAUGACAGUGCUCUGCUAAAAGGAGAAUAUUUUAUAAGGACCUGUUCAUGCGAUUAAGAAAUUGAGAAACAGAGAAAAUGAGAAAGAAAAAUGAACAUUCUAGAAUAAACCUACUCUGUUUUAAAUAUUGGCUGUGAGCUGUUCCGCUGUACCGGAACAUCAACCACGUGCAAUUUGUUCGCGAAAGAUAUUUGUUUACUGUAUAUCUUUGAAUUAUUUAUUUACAGAUAAAAUCGCAACUAAUUAUUGAUAUAUUGAAUUAUUUAGUUCAAUUACUGGAGUCUGUAAUUUAGCGCAGACUCUGGGUACUGCUUUGUGUCACUGCGCAAAGAUUCAAGACUCCAUUGAUGAUUGCUUGUGAACAUUAUUAUAAUUUUUUAAUGAUAAGAAAAAAAUGAAACAAUUCCUAAUGCUUGUUGUCCUUCCCCUCCAAAUAUUAAAGUGUGACUUGAGUUUUUUUGGGGGAUACGGUUUAUUCUUCUUUACAAAGAAGUAUUUGGCAAAUUGUAAGAAAUAAAAACCUGAUUUCUAUGUCCAUGUUAUUUUUUUAGGAAUGUCAAGAAAUGAUAAUCUGUCAUUAAUUAUUGGUCAUAUAUAAGAAUGAUGGUAUUAUAUUUCUGUUUUUGUAUUAUGAUACUUCAUUUUCAAAACUGUGCGUGGUAAUAUUCCUAUAUUGUUGACAAUGUCUUUCAUUACAAAAGGCACUAAAUAUUCCUAAGUGUUUUUGAAAGAGAUUUAUCUGAUUAUGGUGUUUUUUUCAUUCAUAGAAUAUCUUUUAAUUCAUAAAAGCAAUACUAUUUAUUCCCAAUGACAUAAUUUCCAUUUUCGUUCAUGUUAAAUAUGUUGCGUUGUAGUGUUUACGCUAAAGAGUCGUAACUCGGGUGUAUUUUUUACAAUAAUUUUUACUGAACGAAUAAUGGUAUUAUGUAACAACACCGUACAACAAAUUAACUCCACAUCAGGCGAAGAUGGGACAUCCAUAUUUGUCAGAUUAUUAACGCCAGACGAUGAUUUACCGAUAACAUGAUUUUCAUUAAAGGACAAGUCCACUCCAACAAAAAGAAAAAAAUCCAACAAACAUAUCACUGAAAAUUUCAUCAAAAUCGGAUGUAAAAUAAGAAAGUUAUGACAUUUUAAAGUUUCGCUUAAUUUCACAAAACAGUUAUAUGCAUAUCCUGGUCUGUAUGCAAAUGAGGAGACUGAUGACGUCAUCCACUCACUAUUUCUUUUGUAUCUUAUUAUAUGAAAUAUGAAAUAUUCUAAUUUUUCUCCUCAUUGCCAAGUGAAACAACUAUUAACUCCUCCCCGAACAUGUGGAAUUAGCAUUGUUUAAUACUACAUGGUUCAGUCAAGUUGGUCCUUAAUUAUCAAAUUUGUAAAAAAUGAAAUAUUGUAUAAUUUAAACAAUAAAAAACAAAAGAUAUAGUGAGUGAGGGACAUCAUCGACUAUCUUAUUUGCAUGUCGCUCAGUUAUGCAUAUCACUGUUUUGUGAAAAAUAAUCGAAACUUUAAAAUGUCAUAACUUUCUUAUUUUACAUCCGAUUUUGAUGAAAUUUUCAGUGCUGUGCUAGUUUGAUUUUUCUCUAUUUAUUCAAAUCACCAUUUUCUGGGGUGGACUUGACCUUUAAUAAGAGUAGAUGAAAAACAUAAUGUUUCACAAAACAAACAUGUUUCCUUUUGAACCUAUAUUUGGUCAGUUUUAUUCGAUAUUUUUAGAGCGAAGAUGUGAAACUCUACAUUCUUAAAACAGGGAUUGAUCAAAGAAACCAACAUGUUGUUAAAUGUGACGUCCGACUGAUAAUAAAAGCCAAUAUCUAACAAUAUUCUGGUAGAUUCUAACCAAUAAACUGGUUGGUUUUUACAAUUUUUUGUCGACCGGACACAUAUUUAACAACAGAUUUGAUAAUCCUUUUUAAGCACGUACGUUUAAGAUUUAGUGACAAAAGACGUACAAGGUUCGGAUUAUCUCGGACUGUCCAGAAAGUUUAUCCUCUUUAGUUUGUAGUAGUCAUAUAUUAUCGGAUAUUCUUUGUAUUACUUUUCUCUCUUUUUUUUCACAGGUCGGUUAACAUAUGAUACUAAUGAUUAUUCUUUUAACUAAAUUUUCUUUAACACCGAAAAGUUAGUAUAUGUUCCUAAAUUAUAGAGACCUAUGAUGGUUAAAAAGAAACCUUGAUAGUAGAACAAAAAAGUAAUAAAAUUUAGCAUUUGAUACUUACAUCCCAUGUCUCCCUUUAUUAUGACUUGUAUGGAUACGAAUUUUCAUAUCUGGAAAUUCGAUUUUGACAUUAGGUUUUUUUUUCUACAAAAUGAUGUUUGGGUUUCACUUUAGAAAACAAGUUGAUCUAAAUGAAACCUCAUAAAUAUAAAUUAUAAUUUUAUUAAAUUUUUAAUAGAUGAUAAGUUAUACAUACCAAAUACAUAAGAUAUAAGACCAUAAUACUGUGCAAAGCGUAUUUUAAUAAUACAUUUCUGUGUGAUGAUUUCAAUCAUAAUAAUACCGUUCAUAUUUUCAAAGUAAGAUAAUAUUCAAAUGUCAAUAUUGACUUGGAGAUGUAAAAUUCAUAUGUACUGUAAUUUGAAAGACAAUGAUUCAGUUCUUGUGCCCAUGAAUUCAACAUUUCAAGGAUAAAACAACAAGAAUAAACCAACAAAAAGCAAGAGUUAGUAAUUAUAGAGUUUUCCCAUAGAUAAUAAUUAAAUUGUACCUUUUUCAUUCUGCUACCAUGAAUAGGACAUGUAGGAUGUGUUAUCAUGGAAGCACUGAAGCCAUGACGACCAAUGAUUCAAACAAAUAUAAAUAUUCUUGUUUUACAUUCGAUAA